AUGCCUAUAGUUUCAAAACAGCACAAAGAGUUUCACACUGAUACUGACCCAUUUUGGUUGGAAGACAAUUUCCUGACUGAUGAGUCAAUGCCGCAUUAUGACCCCAAUGCAAAAGAAGAAGGACAGAAAAAUUCAGCUCAAUCAAUGUCCAAUAUGGAUAUGAAUAUGAAUUUAGAUAUGGAUAAAAAAGUUGAUGAGAUGAAGGAGUUCACUACUGGUGUGCAAAAUUCACUACACGAAGCAAUGAAGGAGAAUGAUUCCAAAAGUGAGUCCUUGGAACACCAGCAUCAACAACAACAUGAGGAGCCAGUUGAUGACCUCCUCAACUUUUUGGGGUAA